GAAGUGCAGAGGCAAGUGGCUGUUGAUCGAGCGUCAGUGAACGUAACACGUGAAGGCUCCUGUCACUUUAACGAAAGUUCAAUGUCCAAAGAAACUCCGCGAGGAAUCCAACAUGGAGCUGAAGGAGCUGGCUGUGAACGCGUUAGCCCAGAAUAAGAAAGCCGUUCUUCUGGUCGGCGGAGCAGGCCUCGCUGUUCUGGGAUUCGGUCUUGGAUAUAAAUACCUGCGAAAGCCAGAAAAAGUUGUCCGUGUAGGCGUAGUGUCGCAGCUCCUCAUCCACCCUCUCAAGUCUGGCAAAGCGGUGUCUGUGGCGCUGGCAGAAUGCCAGAAAGCCGGAUUGAAGUUUGGAGAACUGCAGGAUCGACACUGGCUGGUGGUGACCGAGGACGGCCACAUGGUGACGGGCCGACAGCAGCCUCGCCUGGUGUUGGUGUCUCUGACCUGUGAAGGCGACCGUGUUUGUCUCAACAGCCCCAACAUGGAGGAGCUGCGGUUCCCCAUCACGCAGCCCGACAACCCCGUCAUGGACUGCAGAGUGUUUAAAGCUGACAUCCAGGGACGGGAUUGCGGUGACGAAGCGUCUCGCUGGCUCACUCGUUUUCUGGGUGAAGAGAAAACCUUUCGCCUGGUGCACUUUGAACCCCAGAUGAAGGCGAGGAGGCCGGCGGAGGAGUAUCCUCUUUUCCCACAAUGUGAGGUGGCCUACCCAGAUUUUGGACCUGUGAUGCUGCUGUCCGAGUCCUCUGUCAAGGAUCUCAGCAGCAAGUUGGAGAAGGAGGUCACAGUGGAGCGUUUCCGCCCAAGCAUUGUCAUAAGUGACUGUGAAGCAUUCGAUGAGGAUUCGUGGGAAGAGAUCCAGAUUGGCAGCGUGAGAUUGCAGCGUAUAAUGUCAUGUGGACGAUGUGUUUUCACCACCGUUGACCCUGAAACGGGUGUAAUCACCAGAAAAGAGCCUCUGGACACACUGAAAAGCUAUCGUCUGUGCAAGCCGUCCGAGAAGCACAUCUACAAAGCAUCUCCGUUGUUUGGGCAGCUGCACACAGUGAAGAAGACGGGCAUCCUGCAGGUCGGCGACGUGGUGUACAAGAUCAGCCGGUGAUGGAGGGAGUCAGAGAGGGGAAAACAUGCCAACAAACUAUUACCACUAUCACUGUAUAAUCACUGUGCUAGUCCACACUAAAGAAUACACUAACACAGUUAGUAGUGUACAGUAAAGGAAUAAAAGACUAAAAUUGCAAACACAAAAUAUCAAUGUUUUUUAAAAUGGGGCUGUGAUUCACAGAGAGACCAUUCCACUGAGAUAACAUGCAGUUUAAAAUAUAACAUUUUUAUAGUGGAUUCUAUUAAUUAUAGACUAUUAAUUCUAUUAAUUAUCAGUUGUUGUGUAACAGUAACAUUGAUUUCAUUGGUAAUUAAAUCCUGAAAGUACACGCUGCUGUAAAGAUAUAAAUAAGCUGCCUAAAGU